AGAUCAAAAAUAGGUAACCUACGUUUUAUGAUUGUUAAUGAUUCCGGAAUAUUUUUUUACUUUUAAUUCCUUGAGAAAAUGUCGUUCAAUAUACUUUUUCGAAGUUUUCAAACGCUAAGUUAUGUUGGAACUUAUAAGAAGAUUAAAAAUCGACCAUUAAGAUUAUACUGUGCUGCUGUCCUUGGCACAGGUAUUGUAGCUUACAAUCAAUACCAAAGUAAAGCAAAAAUGAAAGAAAUAAUGCAACUUAAGAACUAUAUGGCAAACCCAAUCACACCAGUUGAACAAUUAGAGCAAAACAAAGAUGAUAUGAAGACACAAAUGGAAUUACUCAUCAUGAGGAUUCAAGCAGAAUUCUGCAGGGCUUUGGAGAAAGAGGAAGACAAGGCAUGGGAAGAUGAAAAAUCUGUGGAAGAUUAUGAUUUUGACAAUGAUGUUUACAUGACAUGGCCGGAAGCAAAGUUUACAGUAGACAGAUGGACCCGUAAAGAAGGAGGUGGUGGAAUCACUUGUGUUCUACAAGACGGCAGAGUCUUUGAGAAAGCAGGAGUGAAUAUAUCAGUUGUCUCCGGGAAACUUCCUCCAGCUGCCAUUCAGCAGAUGCGGAGCAGAGGCAAGAAUCUACAAAACGCAGAGCUCCCGUUUUUUGCAGCCGGUGUGAGUGCCGUCAUCCACCCAAGGAACCCCAUGGUCCCCACCAUCCACUUCAACUAUAGAUACUUUGAGGUCCAGGAUAAGAAUGGGGUCCAGUGGUGGUUCGGAGGCGGCACCGAUCUGACCCCGUAUUAUCUGAACGAGGACGACGCUCUUCACUUCCAUCUAACCUUGAAGCACGCGUGUGACGAUCACGAUUCAUCGUAUUAUGCUAGAUUCAAGAAAUGGUGCGAUGAUUACUUCUACAUUCCCCACCGCGGUGAAAGGCGAGGGGUCGGAGGGAUAUUCUUUGAUGACCUGGACACUCCCAACCAGCAAGCUGCCUUCGCCUUCGUCACCUCCUGCGCUGAAGCAGUCAUACCCAGCUACGUGCCUCUAGUUAAGAAGCACAAAGACGACGCUUACGGCUACCACGAGCGUCAAUGGCAGUUGCUCAGACGAGGGAGAUAUGUGGAGUUCAAUCUCAUAUACGACAGAGGAACAAAGUUUGGGCUGCACACUCCUGAAGCUAGAUACGAAUCAAUACUGAUGUCGCUUCCCCUUAACGCUAAAUGGGAAUAUAUGCACCAAGUCCAACCGAACUCUGAAGAAGAAAAACUGUUGAAAAUCCUAAAAGAACCUAAAGAUUGGCUUCAAAUAGAGGAUAAAAAGCGGUCUAAUGCAUAGAGCAAAUAGUAUUAUUGUAAAUAUCAGUAUCGAUUUUGAAGUCUAACAAAGAAGAUGCAAGACAUAUUUGGAAUAUACAAUACUGCUUAAAUUACACUUCCGACCAAGUCGGCAUUUUUAAUGUGGCAACACAGAGGCCCUUGACGGAUUUGUAAUACUCACGAAAUAUAAAAGUAUACUAUUUUGGAGGACUGUAUCGGUUCAUAAAACUUGUCAUAAACAUUUCAUAGCUUUACAAAAACAACCGUUAUUUAAGAAUGUUUAUUUAGAUGGAUAGUUAAAUAUUUGCUAGUUGGUUACGGGAUAAAAUUAGAAACUUGGAAUCAUGUCAAAAUCAAAUAUUUUCUGUACUGGCUGUAAAUAAAUUGGUUCUUUGGGGA